AUGUACUCCCCUGACCAGUUUAUGAAUCCCGGCCCUGCCCCUCGCCCACCAACUGACCGUCCCAAACUCAACCUUUCAGCCAAUUCCUCCGGUGUGACCACCUCGUUCGGCCAGAUGAGUCUGGACUCCCCAAGCACGCCGGUGUCGUCGGGGAACCUGUCGUUAUUUCCUAAUACUAGCACCUCCUCGCUCGUGCGGACCAAAACCGAACAAUCAAGCCAGGGUGGCUUUGCCGUCAUCAAGGAGGGAUAUGUUCGUUGUAAAGAGGACAAGUUCCUGGCCACGUGGAACCAGCGCUACCUGAUUCUGCGUGAAGCUCGAUUGGAAUUUAUGAAAAAUGAGACGGGCAAGGUGGUUCUCUCCAUACCUCUCUCCGCCAUCACAGGGGUCUCACGCUCAGAAGACACUCGAAUGGCUUUUGAAAUCGUCCGUCUGGCCAAUCCGAAAGAUGCCACCUCCAAGGCAGCCUUAAUUACGCGAGAUGUUCCCACAAAGAGCCUGACUUGUGAGGUCAAAACCGAUGAAGAGAUUUAUGAAUGGAUCGAUAAGAUAUACGAGCGCUGCCCUGGGAUGGGUGGUGUGAGCAACCCUACAAACUUUAGCCAUCGUGUUCAUGUUGGUUUUGACUCGCGGACUGGAGCGUUCGUCGGCCUUCCGCCAGAGUGGGAGAAGCUUUUGACUGCAUCCGCUAUCACCAAGGAGGACUACAAGAAGAACCCCCAGGCCGUGAUUGAGGUCCUCGAAUUCUAUUCCGAUAUUAAGAUGCGUGAACAGAACCCUCAAUACUACGAAGGCCUAGGCUCUCCGUCAUCUGGCCAGGCAAAGGGGUAUGGCAACAACUCUGUCGGCAGUUCCAUCGCUCCUCCGAGACCCCCUCCCCCAGCCCCUGCACAACGUUUGGAUAGUGGUCAAUCUUAUUCCAGCCGUUCUGUUUCAUCCCCUCAAAGUAAGCCAGGUUCAGAGAGGGCCGCGGAACAACAACAGCAACUAGAGCGGAUGAAGGAGAUGGCUGAUCAGGAGCGCCGACGAAUGGAUGACGAGCGUCGUGCACGUCAAGAUGAGCAAGAACGCCAGGAACAAGAAGCUUACAAUGCCUCGCUUCCCAAAACUCGGGUGCCCCUCGCCCAACAGGAGCUUGGCGGCUAUGGAUCCUCCGAACCGUCUAUGAACGAUCGCUACAAGCCCAGUCGGCCUGCUCCACAGGCUCCUAGUGCCGCACGCACGCCACAAGACGCUUCUCGCCAGCUGACUGCCCAACGGCCGGCACCCCCUCCCCCAACUGCAGCCCAGAGACCUGGAGACUAUGGAUCAAACGGCUCCGCCCCUCGUACACCAGGCGCACGCCAGGAUGACCCGAGAUAUGCUCAGCAAUCUUCGGCAGCCCGUUCGCAGAACAACGGUAAGCCACAGCAGGCUCAGGGACCUCCUCCAAGCAAGCUUCCUGCUCCCGUGCAGCCCGUGAAGCCCUUGAACAUCGCGAACAAACAGACCGCCAAAAAGAACCCUCCCGAUGGUGUCCGCCAGGCGGAGGCUGCCCUGAACAAGAAGGCCGAUCCGCAUAAGAGAGAAGUUCGCAUGUCAAACAUGAGCGAAAACGAGGUAAUGGAACGACUGCGGUCCGUUGUUUCGAAGGACAACCCGACCGAAUCGUACAGCAAGCAGCGCAAGAUUGGACAAGGUGCCUCCGGAUCCGUAUAUGUUGCGCGUGUUAAGGAAAAUGCUGUCUCCCCAGUUGCUCGUGAACUCUAUCGACAGUAUGGUCCACGAACUCAGGUUGCAAUUAAACAGAUGGAUCUGCGCACCCAACCCAGAAAGGAGUUGAUUGUCAACGAAAUCAUUGUCAUGAAGGAUAGCCAGCAUGCCAACAUUGUGAACUUCCUUGAUUCCUUCUUGCAGGAACAGAGCAAUGAACUUUGGGUGGUCAUGGAAUUCAUGGAAGGAGGAGCUCUCACUGAUGUUAUUGACAACAACCGGGUUAUUCAGGAAGAUCAGAUCUCCACAAUCUGUUUCGAGACUUGCAAGGGAUUGGCUCACUUGCAUAGCCAGAACAUUAUCCAUCGUGAUAUCAAGAGUGACAACGUUCUUCUUGACCGUGCUGGCCAUGUUAAGAUUACUGAUUUCGGUUUCUGUGCUAAGCUGACCGAGACGAAGAACAAGCGCGCCACAAUGGUCGGUACUCCAUACUGGAUGGCCCCCGAAGUUGUGAAGCAAAAAGAAUACGGACCCAAGGUUGACUGCUGGUCUCUGGGAAUUAUGGCUAUUGAAAUGAUCGAAUCCGAGCCUCCGUAUUUGAAUGAGGAGCCUCUCAAAGCUCUCUAUCUGAUCGCUACGAACGGCACUCCCCGACUCAAGGCACCUGAGAAGCUGAGCAAGGAGUUGAAGUCUUUCCUUAGUGUCUGUUUGUGUGUGGCGGUCGAUAGCCGUGCUACGGCCCAAGAAUUGUUGGAGCAUGACUUCCUCAAGAUGGGCUGCAGCCUUGCAAGCCUCGCAGAAUUGCUCCGCUGGAAGAAGAACAAUGGCCAGUAA